AUGUAGAACAAAAUAAAGAAAAUAAUUGUUAAAGAUGGAGUGACAGCAUUAUUUGAUGAACAACAAUAUCCAACUGGAAAAUGUGCAGUACUCUUAUGUAAUAAAGACAGGUUUCAUACUAAAUUAAAUUAGAUUUUUUGUUUCUUUAAUAGAAGCAUCUGCACAUUUAAGUAGAGAAUAUUUUGAUUUACAUAUAGAUGAAAUUAAAACAGCUUUAUCCAAGAGCUGAAUUAAUAAAAUAUGUUUUUGAAGUUGCAUAAGAAAGUAAAGUAAACACUUGCCUUUCUUUGUCUAUUGUAAAUGCAGCUAAUGAUAGAUUUAAAUAAAUUUUAUCCAUUUUACCUUAUGUUGAUUAUUUAUUUGGAAAUGAAUAAGAAGUAGGAAAAUUUGGAAAAACAUAGAUUGUAAAGGUGGUUUAGAAUAAAUAAUGAAAAAGAUAGCAGCAUAUAAUAAAAUUGGUGUUAAAGAUAGAGUUGUUGUUUGCACAUAAGGUCAUAAACCUAUUUUAAUAGCUUUAAAAAUGAUUUUCUAAAUGUAAAUGUAGAAACUGUAGAUUCAUCAAAAAUUGAAGAUACAAAUAGUGCUGGAGAUUCAUAUUGUUUAAGGUAUUGUUAAAUUAUAUUAUAAUUAAUUAGAUUUAUAGCUUAAUUAUUAAAUGGACCUGAUCUAAUUAAAUGUGUUAAAGAUGGAAAUUAUUCUGCAGCUUAAACAAUUUAACAUGAAGGUAGCACUAUACCAAAUUAUCAGUCAGAUUUUAAAUUUUGA